UCUCAAUCACGAACAUGAUGAAUCUCAGUGUUACAAUAGCGGUAGUCCUCUUCUUUCUGAAACUCACAAAUAGUGAGAGUUCCUCAAAAACUAAUGUUUCUAAACAAAAAGGAAUCCUCAGUGAAUGUGGUGGUGUUUUUACCGAAAAACAGUUUUUUCUACAGUCCCCGAAAUAUCCUCAAAACUACACCCCAAAUCUCAAUUGUGACUAUUUUUUGAAAGGUCCGGAAUGCCCUACGCAUUACAAAAUUGAUUUUCACCAUUUUCAUUUAGAAAACUCGGUGGGUUGUAUCAAGGACAGAUUAGAAAUUGAAGAUCAAGAUGCUCUUUGCGGCAGAAAAAAUACAUCCAAAACAUAUUUUGCGAAAAACGGGUCGUUGCACUUGAAACUAAAAUCCGAUAAUGAUUCAUCCGAAAAAGGUUUCAAAAUGUUUAUUACACGUUCGGAUUGUGAAGAGAAAUCAAUUCAAAGUGAACAUACAACUACAAGAAAAAGCAUUGAUACAAACGAAACUCAACUAGUUCCAGAAUCAACUACAUUCCCAUUUGUACUUCACAAUAUGCCAAAUUUGAUGCCUCAACAACCUGAGUGUUGUUCAAACAUCUACAACUCAAAAAGGUUUCUCCUAACAAGUCCUGACUUUCCAUAUAGUCUCAACAGGAAGACCAAAUGCAGCAUUCAAAUCCGAAAGGCAAACGACAAUAUCUGCAGAGUGAGGAUGAACUUUCUCUUUUUUUGGCUAGGAACAACAUUGUAUAAUAACUGUCCGUACGGGUCUCUGGAAAUCGAUGGAAAAUAUAUCUGCGGGUGCAACAAAGAACUGAAAUUAACAACUACUUUCGGUGGCAGCAACCUAAAAACGCUAGUAUUCACAAGCGAAGGCAUUGAACUCAACUUUCCUUCAGGAUUCGUUCUGGAAAUCACUCAGGACGAGUGUCCCAAAAAAUACUACCCUCAAGCACCUAACAAAGAAAGAAACAAUUCACAAUUAGUCAGAUUUGAUGAUAACCAGUCAAGUGUAGUGCCAAGACCAAGAGAAGCAACAAUACAGCAAUUACAGCUCAUCAAUGAAAUAACCGAUAUAGUGGAAGAUGAUGGCAAGAACUACUAUCGAAAUUAUCCGCGAAUCAUUAAGAGCAUUUAUUUCUUUGCGGCUCCAGACUACUACCCCUUCCCUACGGCACCACAGGACAUAGAAAGAACAACCUUCAUCGAUACAGGAAGCAUUAAAAGUAUCGUUACAAAUCUCAAUCAGUUCCAGUGCAACAAGUGGAACCAGAUGCAGUUCGAUCUUCUGAAUGAAAGGUAUGGAGGAAAUCUGCAAACUUGCAAGAGGGAAAAUAAAAACCACCUUCAUACCUAG